UUUGGCCCAAGGCGUAGCAGCAAAGUCCAGGGCCCCCUCAGCAGAUACGAUGUACGUAUCUGUCAGCAUCGUUGCAGGAGCCCUCGUGGCUUCCGCACAUGGCCAUGGCUCCGUGGUGAGCCCUCCGCCGCGAAAUGCCGUGGAUAAGGAUGUCGCUCCCUGGAACGGGCCCGUGCCCUGCCACGUGACAGGGGAGUGCCCGAGCGUCGAGACGCACACGGGGUGGUGCCCCGUGCCUGGGCCCGGUGGAAGCGUCUCGGGACAGAACGGGCAAAGUUGCUUCUGGUUCUCGAACGGGUGCGCCGUUGGUUCGAUACUUGUGACGGUUCCAGCCGUGGCCCGAUCCCGAGAUGCGGUUAUGAGCCUUCAAAGCCUUGUCCUCCCCAGAAGAACCCUACGGGCACUGGUCAGAACAAGGUCGGCCCUGGCGUCGCCUGCAAAGGGCCACAGAAAUCAAAGGCUGUGCCAACCAUCUGCAAGGAGGAAUACCGCACAAUUAAUAUCGAUGCGACUUGUGGCGGCGAAGACGAUUGGUAUUUCUACAGUCCAUGGCGAGCACCUGGUGCAGCACCAGUGUUCGAUUCGUGUGGUAUGGCGGGCGGGCACAAGCCGCCAGAUGGUGAUUUCGGUGGCAUCUACGUGAACACCAAGCAUGCAGUGUUGGGUGAUGCUGGUUCAAAGGUCUUGCCGAAGACACCCUCGAACACCAAGUGGACGGCUGGCAAGUCAUACGAAGUGACCUGGGCCAUCGAAGCCAAUCAUGCAGGCGGUUAUUUGUACCGGCUUGCGCCCGCAGAUGGACCGCUCACGGAGGAGGAAUUCAAUAAGAUACCUUUGGAGUUUGUUGGGCAACAGGGCCUCCGUUGGGGGGGCGGCCCGGCCCAUGGUGGAGCCGAAAUGUUUUUCAAUGGCACCUACGUGAGUGAGGGAACGGUGCCCGCAGGCUCAAAAUGGUCGUUAAACCCCAUUCCACGUUUCGACCAUGGCGCAGCGCAUAAGCCAAAGUGCGCAGACAAGGCUCCGUACUUCUGCUCCGGCAUGGCCGAUGGCCAAAGUGCGGAGCCGAACCUCGAGAUUGUGGACCGCGUGAUGAUCCCCAAGGACUUAAAACCAGGAGACUAUGUUCUCGGAUGGCGGUGGGACUGCGAAGAGUCGAACCAAAUAUGGCAGAGCUGCAGUGAUGUGACGAUUUUGCCAAGCGAGCCUGACGUGUUAGUUUGAGGUGCGAGGUUGAGGGAGUUUGCACCGCUUUGCCUCAACAUUGGGCGUGGAGCUGGCCUGAGCGGCUCGUCCGGUCAGCGUCAGUUGGUGGUCGAUGCCAUGCUGCUGCGAAGCUCCCACAGAGCGACUGGCUCCUCCUUCUCGGUGCCAGCCCGACGAGGAGUGGAGAACUUGCGGAGUGUCGUUCGGAGGUGUGCGGGCGUUUCGCUUGAGUUUGCGUGUUCCGCCGUUCCUAAGUCUGAUCCCGGUCUAUCCUCAGCUUGCUUCGCUCCCUGCUCUCUCUCUCACCGUGCUGCACCAAUUCUGCUCCGCUUCAGGCACCCCACUGAAGGUAUAGCGUUCCAGCGUUCCACACACGCCAUUCCUGCACUGUCGCUGUGGUAGUGCGGAGGUCUAGCGCCGCGCUGCCUAUUCCGCCACCGUGCGCUGAGGGUUGUGAACCGAGACUUUUUUAACUUGGCUAGUAGUGCGAACCCACUGACGGAAUGCCAAACCUAGUGUAACGC